UAAAAUUACUUGAACAGAAAAUUGUCAAGUUUGAAAGAUUCGUAUAAAGAAGGAACGUUUGAUGUCCCGUUAGACCCUUUUCCGAUUUUUUUUCGGUCGAAAAGAAUUGCUGAAGUGGUUUCUAUUGGUAAGUCGCAUGUCUCCAACCUAUCAAUCUGACUACCUUGACAUUAGAUGAUGUUUCUUUUUAAAAGAAUCUCGAGUCUCAAAAUACGACCAUAGGUACUAUGCUUAAAUAACUAAGAGCGCCCCGAAAAAAAAAAACAGCAACAAAACUCUACAAAAAAGUGACCCCAAAUACAGUGUUAAAAGAGUCUAGUACUCAAAAUUAUCACGCAUCGAAAACUAUAUCACAACUAAGCGUUUUGUUCGGAAAACAGAAAAAAAGCAAGCGCCUUUUUGACAGGUGAGAGAUGAGGUUGACGUAUUCUAACAAGGCAAUGAUCAGUGUUAAAACACAGUCUUUUUGUACAAAUAGAGCACUCGUAAACGAAGAAGGAAGCAGUCAUAUUUAUACAAAUAUCGUGCCAGGCACAAUUUUAUUGAAUUCUAUUCAAAUUAUUCUUCUUUGAUUGAACAAGAAGGCAGCAACCCAGACAAUAUUAAACACGGAAAGAAAGUAUUUUACCCUUUUAUAAGGACUGCUUUUGUGUAAACCAAACUUGAGCCCAAGUUCAGUUAACAGAACGCAUUGAGUUUAAAGCAAAAACUCCAUAGGAAAUAGACAAAUCCGGAGAGAGAGAAAAAGAAAAAUAGAGAAGUUCGGCUCUGAAUAUAUAUUUCCUUCGAAUUAAACUUAUUGUUUAAUAUAGCCCCCGUUGGUUUUACAAGAACAAGGUAUUGAACUCUCUACGAAAAGCACAAAAACAGACUAGAAAAUCAGUGCCGAUGUAUACGACUGCGGCUAUCGGGACUGCAUCUGCGUUCCUUAUCGUCACAGAAGUGCUGAUACUCGGUGGUAACACAUUGGUAAUUCUAGCAGUCUACAGGAACCCACCAAUGCAGACGGUCAUGAACAUUCUUAUAGUGAAUCUAGCAGUGUGUGAUCUUCUUGUUGGCGUCUUCAACUGUCCAUUCAUGUUGACUGCUUUGCUUGCUGGUGAUUGGCUGGCCGGUCCGGUUAUGUGCAAAGUGUCCGGAUUCUGUAACGUCUUGUUUUGUUGCGCGUCCAUUCUCACGCUGACUACUAUCAGCAUUGAUAGAUAUUUCUGCAUCACUCGUCCCACUAAAGUGAUGUUUACCAAGCCCAAGGUCGUGUAUGCUAUCAUUCUCAUCUGGAUAUACGUCACUUUCCUAGCAGCCAUGCCACUGGUCGGUUGGAAUCAAUAUGUUUACGUAGACGAUCGAAAACACUGCAUGAUCUUUUGGCAAAUGGGUGGCGUGCAUUCUGCAUACGGGGUCUUUCUAUCUGGCUCAACAUUCCUUGUUCCCACAUGGAUCAUGGUGUUCUGUUACUACAAGAUCUUCCGCACCUCCAGCCAACAGGCAAAGAAAUUCCGCAAAAGAGUGAUGCCAACUUUUGAAAGCACAAAUGAUAACACCAACUCAUCAAAUGUGAGGGGUCACCAUCGCAGCGGGAUUCCGAACCGUGAUUGCUUGUUCACCGAGGAGGACUUGAAGAUGACAUGCAACGAUACGCAGUGUAAAGCUGUUAGCACGAAAAGCGUUAUCGAUUUGAAACCACAAAUAGCAAAGAAUGGAAUUAAAAGUAAUCCUGUAAAAGUUCUGAGCGAUGGUGUAGAGGCGAGGUGUGAUAGUCAUUCAUACCCAAUGGGUAAUACAGUCAAAGUAGGUAUCCAAGACGUCGGGACAUCCUCCUCGGAGUACUCAGGUUCAGCAAGUUUUAAACAUGUCGACCAUGGAAAGAUAACGCACGCAACUCCCUCGCAGACGUCCGGUGAAAGUAACACUGUUAGAAAACAAGCGCGCGAGAGACGAACCGCGCAGGUCAUUCUUGUUGUCAUAGCAGUAUUCCAGAUUUGCUGGAUGCCAUAUGCUACUUUGAACCAAUGGUCGGCCUUCUCAGGGGAAACCCCACAGGGAACCGCUGACCUCGCCACUUCUCUUCUCGGUUACUUCAACAGCGCUUGUAAUGCGUUCAUCUACACAGCUUUCAACACGAGGUUCAGACUUGCUUUCAAACAGAUCAUUUGGAGAAAGAAUUCUAGAACCUUUUCGCAACGUUAAGCAAGUGUCGGAAUACGUUAUCAACUAUACUGUAAACAAUAUACUGCUCACGUUUCACAUGCAGUUUUUGUGUAUUCUUAUAGUCAGCAGAUCUUGUAAAUUUUACGCAAUAAAGCGAUAAAGUAUGACA